AUUGCUACGUCGUUUUUAUUCUAGACAGCAUUGCCGUAGUUUUAGUGCUGUUACGGCUAAAACACUCCAUUGUAGAUGGCCCUUAAUUUGCACUGACCCGUACGACUAUUCGCUCUUCAAAAGUUGGCAACGCUGUUUGCCGGUGUUUGCCCGGUUUGCCAGUUUUUUUGUACGUUUGCUUUGUUACGUCCAGUUACAUCGUUUGUACGUAAUUAUUGCAUGGAUAAUACCGGAUUUCUGAUGUGACUUUUAUGGAUGUUAUCUUCAGACACCACUUUCAUUUGAUCAUGCCUAAGUCAAGUACGCCGCAAGUAAAUACAAUACUCAAUUAUUUCACGUCUCCGAAAAGCUCGAAAAAGCCGGAGACGGAGGCGAAGGAAGAAAAAGAAAAAUCGUUGACUCCCAAAAGAGAACAAAAGAACAAAGGACUUGUCCAAAAUGGAAAAGAAAAUCGAAAUACAGUUGAUAAAAAAAGAUCGUAUAAGAAGGACAUCGAGGAAGAAAAAGAUGAGCCUAUACAGCCUAAAAAACGACGCCUUGUUAUUCCUAAUGACGAGUCCGAUGAUUCUGGAGACGAAUUCAGGCCAGGUUCUGAACCUGAAGAAUCCGAUUCAGGUUCUGAAGGAGAGACGGAACACGAAUCUUUGACAGAGACAGAAGAAGAAUCGCCAGUGAAUAAGAAAAAGACUUCCAGUUUUAAAUCCAAAUCAGAGCAAGCAAAUCGUAUAAAAACAACCAAAAAAGAUUCGAAACAAUCUGCAUCUGUACAAAUUUAUAAUCAAGCUGUAAGCAAUGAACUCACAACUCCACAUAUUUGGCCCCACUUAAAAUUAGAUUUUUUGCAACCAGACAAAAUAAAAGAUAUAAAUAAACGAACACCGAAGGAUUCAGAUUAUGAUUCCAAAACGCUUUACGUACCCACUGAUUUCUUAAAUAAUCAAACUCCUGCAAUGAGACAAUGGUGGGAAUUAAAAAGUAAACAUUUUGAUUGUGUAUUUUUCUUUAAAAUUGGCAAAUUUUACGAGUUGUAUCACAUGGAUGCAGUUAUCGGUGUCAAUGAACUUAGUCUCACGUACAUGCGAGGUGAAUUCGCUCAUUCCGGAUUUCCUGAAAUUGGAUACGGUCGUUACUCCGCGAGUCUAAUAGAAAGAGGAUACAAAGUCGCGCGAAUCGAACAAACCGAGAAUCCGGAAAUGAUGGCGGCGCGUUGUAGCAAAAUGAUCAGACCAACAAAAUUUGAUAAAGUCGUAAAGCGUGAAAUUUGUCAAGUCAGUACUAGAGGCACAAGAGUAUAUACUCCGUUGGACGUGGAAGCAUCUACACCAAAUUCCAAUUAUUUGUUAUCUUUAGUCGAGAAGUGCGAUGUCAAUUCAACGACCAGUUUCUUCGGAGUUUGCUUUAUAGAUACAACAAUAGGUGAAUUUUACCUUGGUCAGUUUGUCGACGAUCGCUGUAAUUCAAGACUGUUGACUCUGCUAGCUCAUUAUCCACCGGUUCAUGUCAUAUACGAACGCAAUAAUUUAACACAAAAAACUCAGCAGCUUAUAAACAGCACUUUACCAGUGGCACUGAAAGAAUCAUUGCAGCGCGAGACACAAUUCUGGUCUGCUACAACAGUAUUAAAAAAACUUCACGAAGGAAGUUAUUUCAAAAAAGAAGACAAUUCGAGCUUUGCAUGGCCUGACGGUUUAAAACCUUAUUUAAAUGAAGGAGACAGUUUGGGCUUAACGCCGGCAGAUGAUAAAGAAUUAGCAGUGCACGCUCUAGGAGGAUGCGUGUAUUUGUUGAAGGAGUUUCUACUUGAACAGCAAUUAUUAGCGCAAGGUUGCUUUAAUACUUAUACUCCACCUGACUUUUCAGCCGCGAACAGUCGCACAGGUCUCAAUUACGCAAACACCAUGAUAAUAGACGCUGUUACGAUUAAAAAUCUGCGACUCUUUGGAGAGGGUUCACUCAUUAGUAUAUUAGAUCGUUGCUGUACUGCAUUCGGCAAAAGAUUACUGCGUGAAUGGAUCUGCAGGCCAUCUUGCCUUAAAACCGUUAUUAUAGAGCGCCAGCAAGCUGUGCAGGAAUUAGUGGAUCGAAUGGAUGUAACGCAAUCAGCUCGCGUAAUUUUGUCAACUCUACCAGACCUUGAAAGACUUUUGAGCAAGAUACAUGCUCAGGGAAAUGCAGCUAAAAUGAAAAAUCAUCCUGAUGGGAGAGCCAUAAUGUUUGAAGGUCCAACAUAUUCGAAAAGAGUGAUUGCAGAUUUCACUACAACACUCGCCAAAUUUGAAGAAGUGCUGAAGUUCAUCGAAUUGUUUGAUGAUUUUGAAAGUAGUUUGAUAACCCGCUAUACCCGGUAUGAACCGAAUGGUGAUUUUCCACAUUUAAGAGAGACAUUAGACUACUUUAAGACCGCAUUUGAUCACGAAGAUGCUAAGAAGCAAGGAUGCAUUGUUCCAAAAAAAGGAGUAGAUGUUGAAUACGAUUCAGUUCUCGCCGAGCUCGCAGAAAUCAAGAAAGACCUAGACAAAUACUUGGAAAAACAAAAACAGUAUUUUGGUGUAAAAGUAACAUUCUAUGGAACAGAAAGAAAACGUUAUCAAAUUGAAAUUCCAGAGUCGCAAAUUAAGAAAGUUGGUCCUGGAUAUGAACUACAGUCGCAAAGGAAAGGCUUUAAACGUUAUUAUACUGCCGAAGCAAAGGAGCUUUUGGCAAGACAAAUGAAUGCCGAGGAGCAUAAAGACAGAGUGCUGAAAGAUCUUAAUAGGCGAAUAUUUGCACAGUUUAGUGAAAAGUAUGAUACGUGGCAUACGGUCGUUUACAAAUUGGCCACCAUAGAUGUGCUUAUUUCUCUUGCAGAUUACGUGCGAAACGACGAUAUGUGCAUCCCGGAGAUUCACGAUGGAUCGGAUGGCAAGAUAUUUAUUAAGAUAAAAGAUGGAAAACAUCCCUGCAUCGCAUCUGAUAAUUUUAUACCAAACGACACUUUAUUGGCAACCAACGGCGCUGCUUCUUUCAUGAUUCUAACAGGACCGAACAUGGGAGGUAAAUCGACCCUUAUGCGUCAAGUGGGUCUGAUCACAAUCAUGGCGCAAAUAGGCAGCUACGUUCCAGCUAGCUCAUGCUGCAUCACGCUAGUGGACCGUAUUUUCACACGAUUAGGUGCGAAUGACGAUAUUUUGACCGGUCAAAGCACAUUCUUGGUUGAGCUAAGUGAAACUGCUGCGAUAUUGCAACACGCUACGCCCUAUUCGCUGGUUCUUCUCGAUGAAUUGGGACGCGGUACAUCAACCUAUGACGGUACAGCAAUAGCGGCUGCAGUUAUUGAUGCAUUGACGAAGCUGAAGUGUCGUACGUUGUUUUCGACGCAUUAUCAUUCUUUAGUUGAAGAUUACAAAACCAAUGAAGAAGUCACGUUAGCUCACAUGGCAUGCAUGGUAGAAACAGAAGAGGAAGAGGAAGUGUCACAAGAGACCGUAACGUUUUUGUACAAACUCAGCAAAGGAGCAUGCCCGAAAUCCUACGGAUUCAAUGCCGCUCGACUGGCAGGCAUAUCAUCUAUAAUUACCAGGAGAGCGCAUGAGAUAGCCAGCAGAAUAGAGCAGGAAACUAAUCAUAAGCAUGUUUUUAACGCUCUUUGUAAAACCAACAACAGUAUUGAAAUUAGAAAUCUCAUUGCUACCAUUUAACGUAUUAAAUAUAGUUUAUGUUGAAUACUUGUACAAAUAUUUUUGAAGAUAUUACUGAAAAAAACGAUUGCAGUUGAAUUUGCGACUUAACAAAGAAUCUUUUAAACGAUAAAUUAAGAAUAGCGUAUGAAAAUGGACUUUUUUGUUUCAUAUAUUUUCAAACAGUAUUGAUAAAAUAACAGUAUACACAGGAAUAUAAUUAAAUUCAUCCAUCAUUUUUUAUUUAGAAACAAAGUUGUAAUUAUUUCUGUCUGCGAAGCUCACUGAUAUUACUCGUAUGUAUUACGUAAUAGUAAUUUUCAUUUAAGAUAUAUCUACUUUUUCGAUUGUAUUACAUUCUAUAUUAAUCUAUUUUCAUAAUAAAAAUUAUUACAAAUAU